AAAUUAAUAAUAGGAAAGAAAAGGACACUGAACCCUUGUGCGAUUGUCUAUAUAAAUCCUCUCAAUUGCCAUUUACGAACUGAAAGUGAAAACGUGUGAAAAUGGAGAAUGCAAAGAGUCUGGGUUCGUAUAGUGACGGAGUAGACGCCGUGUACCGGCCGCUGCCACCACUCUACUUGGCUUUUAUGGUCAUUUGGUUCUUCUCUGCAUUUUCUUGGGCCUUGAAUACCUACAAUUAUCGCCAUUUUCAGACAAAUAGAUUGCAGUGGGCGCUUGCCUCUGUUCCAUUGAUAAAAGCCUUGCAACACGCUUUAUCUUUCCUUUUCUGGAAUUCGUGUUUUUACACGCACGUAUGCUCUUUAUGGAUGUCUUUCGGAGCCUAUGUUAUUGGAGUGCUAUUUCAGACAAUUACUUUUGUAUCUUUCAUGCUUAUUUCUAAUGGCUAUUGCAUCACGUGUGAACACCUUUCGGCGUCUGAGCGGCGAAUGACGUCUGCUCUGGGGUGUGUCUUUUACCUGACUCUAGUUGGUUACAGAGCUUCUAUACCUUACUUCUUUGUACUGCUGCUGCUCAACUAUUUUAUAAUUUUCUACAUGAUAUUCUGCCAUGUAUCUCAGAACUUAAUAGUUCUGCGGGAACAGUUGAGCUUUAUAGAAGAUGAGGAUGUCCACGAGAUGCAUGAUGCAGUUUAUAAAAAAUACAUCAUGUUCAAGAAAUUUCAAGGAGCGAUGCACAUUGUGGCUGUGGCAGAACUUGCGAUUUUCAUAAACAUGGAUACGUCAUUGGAAAAUUACUGGAUUCGGUUGUUGGUUCGAGAAUGGGCACAAUUUUGCAUCUUUCUGUACAUAGGAUGGACUUUCAGGUCACAACAGUUGACACCUCGUUUCUCUGUUAUGCCUAAUUUGAAGUCUAAAGUAGAAAUAAUGGUGCCUCCAAUUUACAGCAUUGAAAUGGAUGCAGAAACUUUUAAAGAUUUAAGUAGUCAUGAAUGGCACAUUGGUGUACCAACAUCGCCCUGUAAAGGAAGCUUAACGGAAUCAGUCCUAGUCGUAAUUCAGCACCCCCGUGAUAUAAGCCAUCGACCGACUCUGAUUAACUGAGUCCUGCUGCGAAGACUAUUAAAACCCCUGGUGGCAAUUCAGAUUCAGUCACAGACUGGCACGAAUGAAGAAAUAAAUUCAUUUGGCGUAAGAUGGAUGUUUCUCGAUUUUCAGCAUUGAAAUAUGCUAUUUUUUGGAGACUUGGGUUUACGAUUUUCUUGUUAAUUGGGUUGAAACCUGAAGCCCAUUUGUACAUUGAAUUUUUCUAAUGGAAAAUGUACAUUCUUCUUUUA